AUGAAUGAUCGGGAGGCUCAUGAUGAGGAGGAAGAAUUGGAGCGGAAUCGCAGUUUCUUGCUGGUUCUUGCCACAUUAGCAGCGACAGUGACAUAUGUUGCAGGGCUAAGCCCACCAGGUGGCUUCUGGCCUGAUGAUGACAAGCCUAACCACCUUACCGGUGAUCCAGUUCUGCGAGAUCAUUACCCCCGUCGAUUCAAGGCUUUUAUGGUCUGCAAUGCAACUUCUUUUGCUGGAUCCCUUGUGAUCAUCAUUAUGCUCCUCAGCAAUACAGCAGUGGAUCAUGUUGUCAAGUCAAAUGCUCUGCGGUUGUGUGUGCUGGUGAGCCUCUUUGGGCUUAUGGGGGCUUAUGCUGCUGGGAGUUGUAGGGAGGGGAGUGGGAAUCCAGAUGAUGGCAAGCAUACUACCCUGUCAGGGCCCAAUACACAACAUACGUCAAACAAUUUUAGUGAUGCUAAAGAUGACAUCCAAAAACUGCGCACAUAUCUCCUAUUGCUUGGUAUCCUUGCUGCCACUGUCACAUAUCAAGCUGGACUAAAUCCACCAGGUGGCUUUUGGGAUGAUGGGCAUAUUGCCGGGGACCCAAUCUUGGAGACCAUGCAUCCAAGGCGUUACAAGGUGUUCUUCUACUGCAAUGCCACAGCAUUUGUAGCAUCUUUGGUGAUCAUUACCUUACUUCAGAGCCAACUGAUUACCGUUAGUGCCAUGAAGCGUCACAUACUGCAAACAGCCAUGACACUGGAUCUCUUUGGACUUAUGGGGGCCUAUGCUGCUGGAAGCAGCAGAAUGUUCUUGACGUCCCUAUAUGUGUUUGUCUUGGUCCUUCUUGUUUUCACCUAUGUUGUAAUUCAUGUUCUGCUAUCUUUGGCUCUCAAGAGACGACUCAGAAGAGAUGAUGCUGUGGAGAAUGAAGAUGAAGAGAAGGAUUUGGAGAAGCGGCGCAAGUUUCUGAUGUUGCUUGCAAUUCUGGCUGCUUCCAUCACAUAUCAAGCUGGCAUAAGCCCACCAGGUGGAUUCUGGAGUGACAGUAAUGGCCACCAAGCAGGUGAUCCAGUGUUCCAUGAUGAAUUCCCAACCCGCUACAGGAUUUUCUUCUACUUCAAUGCAACAGCUUUCAUGGCAUCCUUGGUUGUGAUUAUGUUGCUUGUUAGUAAAAGGCUAUGUCACAAGGGUCUUGAGGUCUAUGCGCUGCACACAUGUGUUUUGGUUGAUCUGAUCAGCCUUUUGGGUGCUUUUGCUGCUGGAAGCUGCAGGAAAGUUUCAACAUCUGUGUACGUCAUCCUUGUCGUUGUUGCAGUGUCUGUUUAUGUGAUGAUUCAAGUUGUGGUUCUGACAUUUGCAAAAGACAAGGUGAACAAUUUGUUGGAAAGGAUAAGGAUGUACACCUUUAGGUCUUCUGUGCUCCAACAACCAUCCAUGAAUCACGAAAGAAGCAUCCGAACUAGAAAGAGAACUGAACACAAAUGGCGCAAAGAUUUGAUGCUGAUCGGGACUCUCGCAGUCACUGUCACAUACCAAGCUGGGCUGCUCCCACCAGGUGGGUUUUGGCCUGAUGAUCAGGUAGGCCAUUUUGCAGGUGACCCAAUCCUCCAUGAUACCCAUCCAUCACGGUUUAAAGUGUUCUUCUAUUGUAAUGCCACAGCAUUCAUGGCAUCAAUGGUCAUGGUCAUCCUCUUGUUGAACAACACAAUAAGCAAGUACAGGAGAUCUCUACUUGCUAUGAAGACAGCAAUGGUAUUGGACUUGUUUAGUCUCCUUGGAGCAUAUGCCGCAGGAAGCUGCAGAAAGUUCAAGACAUCUGCAUACAUUUUUGCACUUGUCAUUGCUGUGUUCAUUUACAUUGUGAUUCAUGUGUUGCUGUCAUUCGAUGAGGUGGCUUUAUUGGUCAGAAAGAAGGGAGAAAAGUGGAUUCCUUGCCUGGAAAAAAUGUCGGCACCUAUCGAAAUUGAUCCUUUAAGCCUUCAGCCAUCUGCUGGGCGACUGGGGGAGAUGCCUCUUGCUGUGUAA